AUGCCAAACGACUCGCGCUCAAUCCGUGUCCUGCUCCACCGGCACUCGUCGCCGGCGCCGCAAGCCGUGCAGGCACCGGCUUCCACCACCAUCCUGCAGCUCAAGGAGCGGUGGUACGGCGGCGGUGCUCCAUGCGGCGCUGCCGGCGUCGUCCUGCGGCUCGGCUCUCCCGAUGGCCGGCGAGCAUACAACUCGAUGAGUCUGGCCGAGGUGUCCGCCGGGAGCGAUGCCGUGGUCCUGUGGUGGGAGGAGGCGUCGCCAGCCGCCGCGCCAGCCGCGUCGCCAGCCUCCUCGUCCGCCUCGACGGCGACGGCCGCGCUGAUUGUGGGCCUGGACAGCCUCGCCGAUUUUGGCGCCUACGACGCGCAGACGUCGCUCUGCGGCGAGUGCGUGCUGUGGCCGUCGGGCGUGCUGAUGGCGCGCUUCCUCGAGCGGCGCGCCGAGGCGCUGCAGCUGUGUGGCAGCCGGUUGGUCGAGCUCGGCGCCGGGUCGGCGCUGCCGUCCGUGGUCGCCGCGUGCGGGCCGCGGUACAUCGUCGGCUGCGACAUCCUCUACAGCGAGGCGCUGCUCGCACCUGUUCUGGAGGCGCGCUUCCUCGACCCGGAGCUUUGCCUGUUCGAGCUCACGCGGCGGCUGCCGCCCACCCAAGGGGCGCGCGCGGCAAAGAGAGCGCUCGACAUCGAGUGCUCCGGAUGA